AUGAGUGACGAUGCUUCGACUGCUUAUAUUUGUAUCUAUUGUCCGUUCAAUUCGGAUAAUCUUACAGCACUCGAAAAUCAUUUGACAGGUGAGCACGGACAUGGGUGUCAAGAUACAACACUAGUACAAUCAUCAUCAUCAUCAUUGAACAUUAUAACCAAGGCCAAUAAACGUGAAGCACCUGAUGAUGAACAGUCUCAAUCUUCAUUCGACGGUACUAAACAAACAAUAGAACAAUUAUCAGUUGCUAAACGAGUUAAACGAACAACAUCACCAAUAUCAACUAGUUUAUAUAUAAAUACUAGUGAUGAAAGUUCUCAAUCUGAUGAUGAUGAACGAGAUUCAUCAUCAAAUCCAAGAGAAAUAUAUUCAAAUACAAUAUUAACAUGUCCAAUAUGUGGUUCAAAUUAUAAUCGUCUUGGUCAUCUUUCACGACAUGUUAAACGAAAACAUCAUUUAGAUUUAUCAAAUUCGGAUUAUUCACAAACAUUUGAUAUAUUAAAUAAAUCAAAUUUAGAAAAAAAUAAUUCAAAUCAACAAAUUGAUACAAAUAAUUCAAAUAAUUCAAAUAAACAACUAAAUGAUAUAUUACCAUCAACAUCAUCAUCAUCAAUAUCACAAACAACAACAACAACUGAUUGUCCAUAUUGUGAUUUUAAAACAACUGAUAUUGAACUAUUUAAAUCACAUAUUGUUGCUCAUAUACGAGAUAAAAAUUAUCGAUGUUUAUUAUGUAAUCGUUUAUAUAAAUAUCGAGGUGAUUGUUCAUUUCAUAUACGUCGUAAACAUCAUCGAUAUAGUAUUAAUUCAAAUGAUUAUAUUCAACGUUUUUUAUUUGAUACAACUGAUGGUGAUGAAUCAAUGUCAACACAAUGUGGUGGAAAUGGAUCAUCUGGACAUAAUUCAGCACUAAAUACAAAUAUAACACGUGAAACAGAUGAACCUGUUCGUUAUUUUGGUUGUCCUUAUUGUGAUUAUACAUCCAAUUAUGGUGGAGAUGUCAGAAAACAUCAAGCACGUAAACAUCCAAAUGCUGAAUCAAAAGUUGUUAAAAUAAUUCGACAAGAAUGUGAACAACAAAAUAUUUGUUCAAAUUUAAAUGGUUAUGAUGAAGAUGAUAAUAAUCAAAAUAUUAAUUUAAACAAUAAAAUAAAAUCAAUUAAAAAAUCCGAUAAAAUAUCUCCUCAACAACAUUCAUCAUCAUCAUCAUCAUUACCUAUUUUAUCCAAUUUUGCGCCUGUUAGAGUUUUUCAAUGUAGUUCAUGUCAUCAACAAGGUACAUAUAAAUGGGUUGUUGAAAGACAUAUACGUGCUAAACAUCCUGAACAACCAAAUGUUCAUGUUAUUGAAUUACCAGCUGAAUUAUCAGUUAAAUUACAAAAAAUAACACCACCAUUAAAACGUUUUCGUUGUUCAUUAUGUCCAUUACAAUCGAAACAUAGUUGGGUUGUUAUUCGUCAUAUUAAACAUUUUCAUACAUUACAAACAGCAUCUGUACUUGAUAUACAACCAGAUGGAAAACCAAUCAAUGAUGAUUCAUAUACAUUUCAAAAUGAUUCUUCAAAUAAAAUCUAUAAUAAUGAAUCUGAAACAUCAUCAAUAAGUAGUUCAUGUAAUGAAAGUGGUAUUGAUAUAACAAAUCAACAAGAUAUUGAAGAUGAUAAUAUUCAAUCAUCAUCAUCAUUAAAUAAUAAAAAUGAUUCAAUGAUAUUUAUAUAUAAAUGUUCAUUAUGUGAUUAUCAAUCAAAUAUAUCAUGGAAUGUUCAAAAACAUAUUAAUGAUAAACAUUCAGAACAAUCUAAUGCUUUUAUUUUAACACAAUGUCAACAAACAAAAUUAUCAUCUAAUGAUAAUAAUAAUUAUCAAAAAAUUCAUUCAAAUAAAAAAUCUAAACAUAAAAAUGGUAUAAAUAGACCAUUUUCACCAACAAAUGCUUUAGCUAAAGCGAAAUUUUCACCAGCUGUUGAAGAAGCAUUACUUUCAUUACAAGGUUCAAAAUUAAAUCCAAUUCUUUAUGCUGUACAACCAAAAUUUGGUAUUAAACGUUUAAAAUGUCGACAUUGUUUUUAUCGAUCAAAUUGGAAAACUGAUAUGAUUAGACAUGUUAGAAUAAGACAUAAUUUAACUGAACCUGAUCAUAAUAGAGAUAUGAUUAUAAUGACUGAACAAGAAGCACGUUCAACAAUUGAAUCAUAUGAAAAUACAUUUGGAAAAGAAUUACGUCGACGUACAUUCCGUACAUGGAAUGAUUGGGCCAAAGCUGAACAAGAAUUCACACCAAAAGAUGGUUCACUUCAAUACAUUAAUCAAGCAAAUGCAAAUAAUAGACAAUCAUCAAAUGAUAAUAAUAUAUCAGUUUCAAAGAAACAUAUUACAACAACAACAACAACUGGACAAAAAUCAUCAUCACAUCAUAAUGAAACAAAACGUUCAAAUAAAAUUGAUCUCAAAAUAGAUUCUCAUCAACAAUCACAAACAAAAAAAAAUAAAAAUUUUUCAAAUCAAUCAACAACAUUAACAAAAGAUGAUAGUAAAUCAUUAAAAAAUGGGUCGAAUAUUGUAUCUCGUUUACUAGUAACAAGAUCACCUUCACAUAAUAAUGAUGAUAAUAAUGCCCCAUUAGAUCUUUCACUUAAACCAUCAACAAAUAUAAAAAGUAAUCAAUUAAAUAUAUUAAAAGAUGAAUUAAGAGAAAUUGAACAAGAAGAACAGAAUAUUGAUGAUAUUGAUAAUGAUGAAAUAUCUGAUGAAAGUUCAACAGUAAAUUAUUUAUGUUCUGUAUGUCCUUAUAAACAUUCGAAUUGGUCAUUAGUAGAACGUCAUAUAUCAAUUCAUUUAACUGGUAAAGGUAUUAUUUGUCCACUUUGUUCUUAUACAACAUUAUCACAUAAUUCAAUGAUACGUCAUAUGACAAUGAUUCAUCCAACUAGUCACAUAAUAAAUAAAUUUCAACAGACAACUCAAAUAUUAAAUGCAGAUAUUAUUGAACAAUAUCAAUGUCCAUUAUGUUCAUAUCAAUGUGAUUGUUUAGAAGCAUUAAAUCUUCAUCGUCGUCUUGAACAUGAUGAUGAAGAAUUUGAUAUUGAUUCAUCUGAUAAUGAUAAUGAUGAUGAUGAUGAUAUAACAGCUAAUAUAACUAAAAAUCUAUAUGAUUGUCCAUUAUGUUCACCAUUAACAAAUCUAAAUAAUAAUAAAAAUCUUGAAGAAUUAACAAUGCAUGUUAUUAAUGAUCAUAAUAAUGAAACAUGUCCAUUUUGUUCAUUUACAGUUCAUACAACAUCAUCAAAUACAUUAAUAGAACAUAUUAAACUUCAUUUUAAUGGAACACUUAUUCAACCUGAUCCAAUUAUUGGUAUUGAACAAGUUAAAGAGUUAUUAGUACUUGAAUAG